GUAAACAAGAAUUCUGACACUUAGUUGGAAGAAAAACAAGUAACUUGGACUUGAUUUAUUACUGAGAAAACGACAUAAACUGAGCUUCAUAGAACUGAUAACAAUGGUGACCCGUCCUCUUGGAGCAGAGUGCACUUUCGGUCACGUGCACGCUCAGGCUGUUAUCUGGUUGUGCACAUUAGCAGAUCUGUCCUGCAGAGAGCGUCCACCCCUCAGGGAGUCAAACUCAGCGUUCCUUAAGUCCCGUCCUCUCCCUCCAUCCCGAUCUGCUGCUCCCUUAACUCCCGGCUGGCCGCUCUGCUGUUGAGCUUUGAUGGUGAUAGAGAUCAGAAAAAAAAAAAGCCGUCUCCCUGCAGCCUUUUAAGGCUGUUGUAACGCUGGAGAGCAGCAGAGUAAAUCUGUUGAAUGCACAGGAGGAAGGAGUUUGAAUCUGUGUGUUUGAGGAGCCGCUGCCACAGGAAGAGCCGGGUUUCACAAUGUCAGCGUUGCACACAGGACUAGAUAGAAACACUCCUCCUACCUCGCAGUCGCGGCUGAAGCCAGACAGGCAGCUCUGAUGAGGCUUCUGGGGCGCCACUUUGAUGCACUUUGACCUCAGGCGGGUGACGAGGAGGCGGCAUGAGGAAGAACUACAGCGAUAUCCCACUUAUCCAUGUGACCGAGGCGGACCGUGGCAACGAUGUCAACAUCCUCAGCAUCCCGGUGCCCAUCCGGCGAGGCGGCUCCGACUCCAACUUGGACGUGGUCAACAGCUUCGGUAAUAACGGCGUGGGGCUGGACUUCACGAAGGGAGCCCUGGGCAUUGACAGCCUGCAGCAGAAGAUCCUUAAGGUGACAGAGCAGAUUAAGGUGGAGCAAACGGCCCGCGACCAGAAUGUUGCCGAGUACCUGAAGCUGGUGAACAACGCCGACAAGCAGCAGGUCUCUCGAAUCCGUCAGGUCUUUGAGAAGAAGAACCAGAAGUCCGCGCACAGCAUCGCCCGGCUGCAGAGGAAGCUGGAGCAGUACCACCGCCGCAUGAAGGACAGCGAGACCAACGGCAGGCACGCCCACAAAGACGGCGGCACCAAAGAGUCCGGCUCCCACAGUAAGGAGGGCAGCCUGCGGGACGUCAGCGCCAGCGGGCGGCACCAGGCGCUGGACAAGGUGAGGACCCUCGGGCCUGGAGUGACGCUCUCGCCGCCGUUCUUCCUCAACAAGCCUCGAGAGUUCGCCAAUCUGAUCAGGAACAAGUUUGGCAGCGCCGACAACAUCGCCCACAUGAAGAGUUCCAUGGAGACGGGGGCGGGGCUGCAGGUGGAGGGCGGGGCCCGGGGCCUGAGCGGCAGCGCCAACACGGUGGCCAAAGGCACGAAGUACCAGAGCGACGACGAGUGCUCCACCGGGACUUCUGCCUCUGCGGACUCGAAUGGGAACCCUGCGGGGGGCUCGGGGGCCGGCUCCGGGGGCCCCGGCAGGUCGGACUCCACCCUGGUGGAGGUGCUGGACAUGCUGCGGGAGAUCAGGGAGGCUCAGACGCAGCUGGAGGACGAGAUGGAGACGCUGAACACGCAGUUCAAGCGGGACUGCAGCUACUUCACGCAGGUGAUGCAGGAGGAGCGCUACAGGUACGAGCGCCUGGAGGACCAGCUGAACGACCUAACAGAGCUGCACCAGCACGAGACCAGCAACCUGAAGCAGGAGCUGGCCAGCAUCGAGGAGAAGGUGGCCUACCAGGCCUACGAGAGAGCCCGGGACAUACAGGAGGUUCUGGAGUCGUGUCAGACUCGCGUCUCCAAGCUGGAGCUGCAGCAGCAGCAGCAGCAGCAGACGGUGCAGCUGGAACACACCGACGCCAAAGUGCUGCUGGGGAAGUGCAUCAACAUCAUGCUGGCCAUCGUCACCGUCAUCCUGGUCUGCGUCUCCACGGCGGCCAAGUUCACCGCGCCGCUGCUGCGCAGCCGCCUCCACCUGGCGCUCACCUGUGUGGGCGUGUCUGUGCUGGCGCUGCUGUGGAAGAACUGGGAGCACCUGCAGUGCGCUCUGGAGCGGUUGCUCCUCCCACACUGACCCACCCGCGGGACUGGGCGUAAACCUGUACAUCGCCAUGGUGACGAGGACGGGGGAGGAGUUCACAUGUAGCCUUACCCCUCCCCCAUGUAUUCUGUGAUCCAGGCUGGAACGGCUCGAACCGAUUGGACAGCAGAGCGUGUCGUGUCCACCAGGGGGUGCUGUUUGCUCCAAAAACGCGAACUGGCUGCUCAAGAAUCGCUCCUCACAGCAGAGACGCCGCUCCACCCGAACGCCGAUUUCAGUUGCGUCAACAUUCCCGCCAUCGUUGGCGUGUGAGACGCACGUGCACUUCAUCUGUUCUGUCUGUCUUCUGUGUGUCGUCUCUACGUGAAAAGUCAAACUUUCUUGGACGUUUUGAUUACAUUUUUCCAAGUGUGAGCAGAAGGGAAGCGACGUCUGAAGAUCUGCAGAGUCAGCAUUUUAGUCGGGGAUUUCUCCAAAACCUGCAGAUUUUUAAACUGUAAUUUCUCAAAGAUCCAAACUGCCACUUCUGUCAAACCCACCAGAUUUAUCUCCUGCAGAACUUUGCUGUCUAGCUCAGCGGUUUACAUGGCAGACCUCAAAGUUUCUUAGAAUCCCAUAAAACUUUUUUUUUUACUGAGCAGGUAAAGGGCGUUUGUGAAGAAAAACGUGCUCACGGCUGAAUCAUUUCCCAGAAUGUCCUAGACGAGCUUCUGAAGGUCUUUGUGUCACUCAAUGUAAUAUUUCUGUUUUAAAGAAAGAGAAAAAACUCUUAUGACGAGGAAAUGUGUUUUUUUCUUUUUUUUUGUUAUGCAAAAUAAAAGCAAAAAAAAAAAAAACAUUUUUCUAAGUUGGAAAUAAAGAGAAAAAGUCCUCUCAUUCAAUUUUUUCUUUGUUAAAGGGCCUAUGCCAUGCUUUUUAUUAAGCCUUUCAGAGUAAACUUUUAUAUAUAUUAUCAUAUAUUACCUUUGGCACAGUAAUGAACAAAUUAUUUAUGAAAUAUUUGUUAUUUUCAUGAACUCCUUUCCUACCAGGAAGUAAAAUGACUCAUCCCAGAGGGUCCGUCUUUUGCCACUUGUGGGCGCCGCCCAUUCCAUGACAUCAUCCAAGAGCCGGCCUUGGCAGCGUGUCUGCAUUUCACCCACGGAAACCAACUACAUCCGAACUUUUGCAAAGAUGGCGAUCGCUACACUGGUUGUAGCGAUGGCCGAGACUAGCGGAUGAGCUGGCUGAUCGGCGAAUCUAGCAGUGACGUUAGCGAAUGAACACCGCUAGUUUAGCGGCAAAGUUAGCAGCUAAUUUCUACUAGCUGAAUGGUGAAGUUAGCAACUGAUUACCAAUAGCUAAGUGGCAAAGUUAGCACCUUACCACCACUAGCUAAGCGGAAAAGUUAUUGGCUAAGCACUACUAGCUGAGCUAUGAAGCUAGCGACUGAUUACCACUUGCUGAGCGGCAAAGCUAGCUACAAAGUUAGCGGUUGACCACUGCUAGCUGGGCAGCAAAGUUGGCUUAGUGGCAAAGCUAGCAGCAAAGUUUGCUGCUAAUCACUGCUAUGUGAGUAGCAAAGCUAGCAGCGGAGUUGCAAAGUUAGUGACUGAACACCGCUAUCUGAACAGUGAAAUUAGCAACUGAUUACCUCUAGCUAAGUGGUGAAGUUAGCAGCUUACCACUGCUAGCUAAGUGGAAUAGUUAUCGGCUGAGCACCACUUGCUGAGCUUCAAAGCUAAUAGCAAAGUUAGCAGCUAACCACCACUAGCUGAGCGGCAAAGUUAGUGGCUUAGUAGUGAAGUUAGCAGCGAAGUUAGCGGCUGAUCACUGAUAUGUGAGUAGCAAAGCUAGUAGCUGAGUAACGAAGCUAACGGCAAAGCUGGCACCGCUAGCUUAGCGGUGAAGUUAGCAGCUGAUUUCUGGUAGCUUUGCCAUUUAGCUAGUGUAAAAGUAAGCAGCUGAUCACAGCUAGCUAAGUGGCAAAGUUAGCGCCUGAGCACCGCUAGCUGUGGGGCAAACUUAGCAGGAGAGCACCGAUAGCUUUGCUGAGCGACGAAGUCGGCGGGCAUUUCACUGCUAGCUGAGUGGGAAAGUUACCGGGCUAGCACCGCUAGCUUUGCAAAGAAAUGGUCAGUUCUGGCAGUGCAGACUCUACUUAACACCUGCUUGUUUCUGUGGGUACAGGAGGGGCUGGUGCUCAACGCAGGUUUUAAAGGAAUGCUCAAAAAUAUGUCAACAGAUCAAAAUAUUGCUUUGAGAUUAUUUAUACUGAAGAAUGAACAUUAUAAUAGCUACAUUUAUAAACUCAAAAAGUAGAUUUUUCAUGGUAUAGGCCCAUUAAAUUAUGUUUACCUUAAGUGUGUUGCAUUCAGUUCCAGUGGGAAAAAAUAGAUUUUCUCCCCACUGAAGCCUGGAUUUUAUUUCUUUUCGGCACCUGAACUCAUUUUUAAGUUGAUUGAGGUUCUGUCCACCUAUAAUGACAGAUUUAUGAGCCGUUCUCACCUGCAGGUGGAAGAUAUUGCUCUUUAACAGUGUCACUGCCUUGCUCAUAAGUAGAAUUUUCUCACGAAAUCACCUAAAUGUUUGCCCUACGGGAGCCAAAUGCUGCAUUCGGCUCCCGUAGGGCAAACAUUUAGCCUCCUAACCCCAGAGAGGUUUGCUAAUAAAAAGGAGUGAUGCCUUCUCUGCUUCUUCUGGUGUGAUGUUUGUUUGUCGAAGAACAAAACAAGAAACUGUCAUGAGUUCCACGUCUUUCAUUAAACUGUUUGCUUUAUUUUUGCACUUA